AUGUUUGGAAAGGAUGAGAAGUCAUGUGUUUGUAGUUGCCCCAUUCUACUUUGUGUUCUCUCUACAAGACUAUUAUUGUUUAUUACCUUAACUCAGGGCUGUCACAGUGCUAUAGUUAAGCAUGCGACCACAGAAACCCGCAGAGAGCCUGAAAAGAAGUUGCCAUCUAAAGCAGAGCAAAGGACCAGCCACCUGUCUCAGGCCCAUUUAUUGGCUGGAGCUGUAAAGAGACGCAGUUCCUCCCAGUCGUCAGACAGCAGCAAGAAACAGAAGGUGGAAAUCACAAAAACGGGAGCGACAGGAAAUGGAGACAGACAGACAGAACAGAAGGAUGGAGCAGGAGGAGCAGAGCGAGCUGAAGUUCAACAAACUGCCCUGAUGGCUAAGACCACCUCGGCCCCCCUGAGCUCUGAGCGAGGCGUGUUGCACCUGCCGUCAGCGGCCGUGUGCGUUGGUGUUCUUCCAGGACUCUGCGUUUAUUCCGGCAGCAGCGACUCUGACAGCAGCUCGGACAGCGAAGUUUAAACCGAGCAACCAAUCCCGCACUGCCUACCCCGACGACAUCCUGCCCCCCUACACCCAACCCUACUCCCAACCCAAGCCACAGCGACUGCAAGCUGUGAUGCUGGGGAACAGUGAUUGACAGCUGUGGAGCAAGGAGGAGGCUGCUUUAGACUGUGUCUAAUGACUCGGACCUGUUUAGCUAUCAGAAGCAGUGGAGGCCAGGGCAGGACAAGCUUCCCUGCUGCGUUUGGAGUUAAAUGCAAAAGUCUGAAUAUUUAAAAUGUUUUAUUUGUGUGAUGUCAUGUGUUUUCUAAUCAGUAGUUUUUUUUUCAUGUGGCAUUGUGCUGGAAAGAUGCUGGACUGUUUGCUGCCAUCUCAGAGUUUUGCUGUGUUUCUCAAACUCUGAGCAGAGAGAAAUAAAGAGCUUCCCCACUCUGUUUACUUUGUGUAU